GGCCGGCCCCUAGCGAUCUGAACCCAAACUAAAUUUCCCAGCAAGCAGCGCGCGGGCCUGGGAAAAGGGGCAAGAUGGCUGACUCCGAAGAGGGUGUUUUGCCGCUGACGGCUGCUUCCACUGCCCCAAUUUCAUUCGGCUUCACUCGCACGUCCGCACGGAGGCGGCUGGCCGACUCGGGAGACGGCGCGAGGCCAUCUCCGGAGGAGAAGGAUUUCUUGAAAACCGUGGAAGGGAGGGAGCUGCAGAGUGUGAAGCCCCAGGAAGCCCCCAAGGAACUCGUCAUCCCUUUGAUCCAGAAUGGCCAUCGCAGGCAGUCACCAGCCCGGCCCCCUGGGCCAUCCACAGAUACUGAGGCCUUGGCAGAUGGGGUGCUGUCCCAGGCUGUGAAGGAGCUCAUUGAGGAAUCCAAGAAGUCUCUGGAAGAGAGAGAGAAUGCGGGUGUCGACCCCACGCUCGCUAUCCCCAUGAUCCAGAAAGGAUGCACCCCCAGCGAGGAAGGGGCAGACAGCGAACCCCAGGCAGAGACAGUGCCAGAGGAGGCUAAUUAUGAGGCGGUCCCCGUGGAGGCCUAUGGGCUGGCCAUGCUGCGGGGCAUGGGCUGGAAACCUGGCGAGGGCAUCGGCCGCACCUUCAAUCAAGUAGUGAAGCCCCGUGUCAACUCACUGAGGCCCAAGGGGUUAGGGCUGGGUGCCAACCUGACUGAGUCCCAGGCCUUGACCCCCACCGGCCCCUCCCACAUGCCAAGGCCAGAUGAGGAGCAAGAGAAGGACAAGGAAGAUCAGCCUCAAGGGCUGGUGCCAGGAGGAGCUGUGGUGGUUCUUUCUGGCCCUCACCGAGGCCUCUAUGGGAAGGUGGAAGGCCUCGAUCCUGACAAUGUUCGGGCCAUGGUUCGUCUGGCUGUGGGGAGCCGGGUGGUGACUGUUAGUGAGUACUGCCUGCGGCCUGUCUCCCAGCAGGAGUUUAACAAGAACACCUUGGACCUCAGGCAACAGAAUGGAACUGCCUCAUCACGGAAGACCCUCCGGAAUCAAGAACUCCACGUCCAGCAGGACAACUCAGAGAGGAAGCGGAAACACCUUCCAGACCGACUGGAUGGGCCUGCAGCCAAGAGUGAGAAAGCAGCCCCCAGGAGUCAGCACUGGUUGCACAGGGACCUGCGCGUGCGGUUUGUGGACAAGAUGUACAAAGGAGGCCAAUAUUACAACACCAAGAUGAUAAUUGAAGAUGUCCUAAGCCCAGAUACCUGUGUAUGUCGGACAGAUGAAGGCCGAGUCCUGGAAGGCCUGAGGGAAAACAUGCUGGAGACCCUGGUUCCCAAGGCAGAGGGUGACCGUGUGAUGGUCGUGCUGGGCCCACAGGCUGGAAGGGUGGGACAUUUGCUGAGCCGGGACAGAGCACGGAGCCGGGCUUUGGUGCAACUGCCAAGAGAAAAUCAGGUGGUGGAGCUUCACUACGAUGCCAUCUGUCAGUACAUGGGCCCUAGUGACACAGAUGAUGACUGACCCAUGGGACUCCUCCCAUCCCCCAGGCUGGUACCAGUUCUGUACCAUAUGAGAAAGUUGCCUUCAAGAAGGUGGGAAGAUCAUUGUUCCAUCCUCUACUUCUGGUGCAGUCCUGGGACAAGGACAAGGGAAAGGGAUGGGUGAACCAGUAGGGAAGCUAGAAACAAACCCAAGGUUUACCAAAAUUUAGGGUAUAAUAAAAACCAUUUCAAGUACUUAAUAGAAAGAUGAAAU